AUUGUCGAUGUCUUCGUGACAAGACUUGAGCGUGAUCACUCGAGCGGUGUCAUUCAAUAUACAUCAUUGAAUAGUGCAUUUUACAAUUAUAUAUACAUCUAUAUAUAUUAUAAAUACAUAUAUUAUAACUGGGUAUAAUAUAAAACUCCAUUUUAUAUUAAACAUAAAAAGUUUUAUCACAUUAACUACGAAAUCGCUCGAAAGUGUUUGAAAAAUUGAUUAUUCAAAAAAAAAGUAACGAUCGCGUCGCGAUUCAUUUACUCGCGGUAUCGAAAAGUUUAUUAAUAACAUAAACAAUUUAUAAAGUUUUUUUUAUUUAAGCUGCAAUUGUUUUUAGGCAACGAGGGUCGUGGAAGAUCCACAAAAACAUAUAUAAAUAACACCAGCUCGGGAUUUAAUAUUAAAUCCACAAGCACAAUGCCGUCAGAUAGCAUGGAUGAUAUCGAACUAAAAAAUAUCCAACUGCAAUUUCCUGCAUUGAGAUACCUGAGCAAAGAUGAUGGUUCUGUUAGGGAGGAGAGAGUUGAUACAGACAAAGGAAGUUUAUUGGUUGCCGUUCAAGGCAAUCGUGCUAAACCUGCCAUCCUAACUUAUCAUGAUCUAGGCCUUAAUUAUAUCUCGAGCUUCCAGGCAUUCUUUAACUACAUUGAUAUGCGAGUAUUGCUUGAAAACUUUUGUGUUUAUCAUGUGAAUGCACCAGGUCAAGAGGAAGGAUCACCAACGCUACCUUUCGACUACGUUUAUCCAACGAUGGACGAAUUAGCACAGCAGCUGCUGUUUGUGCUGGGGCAUUUUGGACUUAAAUCAGUUAUUGGUUUUGGCGUGGGUGCUGGGGCCAAUAUACUCGCACGGUUCGCUUUAUCUCAUCCCAGCAAAGUUAAUGCAUUGUGUUUAAUAAAUUGCAUCUCAACGCAAGCUGGUUGGAUCGAAUGGGGAUAUCAGAAACUCAAUGUUCGUCAUCUAAGGUCACAGGGUAUGACUCAAGGUGUUCUGGAUUAUCUUAUGUGGCACCAUUUUGGCCGAGGAACUGAAGAAAGAAAUCAUGAUUUAGCUCAAGUCUACACCAACUACUUUGAACGAAAAGUCAACCCAAUGAAUCUCGCAUUACUUAUUGACAGCUAUGUGCGACGUACAGAUUUAAAUAUAGCCCGUGAAUUGGAUCCAACUCGCAAAAAGGACGGUUCAACAUUAAGUGUACCCGUAAUCAAUAUCACUGGAGCAUUAAGUCCUCAUGUUGAUGAUACUGUUACGCUUAAUGGCCGUUUGGAUCCGACCAAUAGUACAUGGAUGAAAAUAUCUGACUGUGGUAUGGUCCUUGAAGAACAGCCAGGAAAAGUGAGCGAAGCCUUUCGACUAUUUCUUCAAGGUGAAGGAUACGUGGCUCCAUUAUCACCAUUAAAAAUGGCCGAUUAUCGUUUAGCGUCACUAGAAGGACUCAAUCAUUUUUGUUCGAAAAAAUUCGACUGGCCCACCGCCACUAUUCACAUCACCGAAAAUCCCAUAUCAGAAGCAGUAGUUUGUUAAGUUAAAACUGUGAAGCGUUCAUUUUUUUAAUUAACAAAACAAAACAAAACAACAAAACAAAACCAAUAAUACGCUUUGCAAUUAUUAUUUAAUUAACAAACCAAAACAAUAAACUAAAAAUUGAUAUCACUCGUUAAUCAAGGAGGAGUUUUUAAUCAACGUAAACAAUUAAAUUAUUUAAAUAAUUCAUUUAAAUCCAGAAUUGGUUUCGUCUGUCCACAACGAUCGUUAAUUAUCAAACCAUCGAGUUAAAAAAAACGAUAUCACGAAUUAAAAAAUAUCAUUGGCCUAGGAAAAAAUUAACAGAACGAACCAUAUCUGUAUAGAACAAGUACAAUUCAUAUCUCGAAACGAAAAACAAAAAUUGUUCUCAUUUAAAUUAUUAAUUAAUUGAUUAAUAAGUUAAAUAGUUAGUUAGUUAGUUAGUUAGUUAGUUAGUUAUUAUUAAUUAUUAUUUAUAAAAAAAAAAGUUAGAAGUUAAAUUAGUUCGCGCAUUAUUUGCACUUGUUGCACUCCUGCCUAAAAAACUAACGACGGGAAUAAAAAUAGUUUAGAAAAAUAAAGUCCCGUUAAAAGUAAGUAUACAAAAUUAUAAUAAAAAUAAAAAAAAAAUAAAAAUGGUUUGGUAGGUCUCCAUUGGGUUGCCCGAUCCCCCCAAGCCUCUAGAGUGAUAUAAUAAGACGUGCCUGCAUUUAAAUACGAAUUCUUAUAAAUCUUAACAAUACGAAAAAAACAAAAAAACUAUUUAAUAAUUAUUUUAAUUUUUUAUUUUGUACUUAUAUAUUUUUAUUAAAACAAAAUAUUUAAAUCCGAUAAUAAUAAUUUUUUUUUUAUUCAUUUUUUUUUAAAUUAUUAUUAUUACUGUUAUUGUUACUGUUAUAAUUAAUUUAAACGCUCGUCCUCUAAUUGCGCUGACAUGAAUGCUGAAACAUGAUGGGUUUAGUCGCUGAACAAUAUUACAAAUGUGCAUACGUGUUUGAUCUGAAUUGUAAAAUGAUAUUUUAAAACUGUUGACAAUGCAUUAAACGAGCUAAAUGUUUAGAUAAUACAACAAAAGUAAUGAUAGUUAUAUAUGUAUAUAUAUUAUAAUAAUAUAUAUAUGUGUAUAUGAAUAAAUAUAUGUAAUUGUUUCAUCAUAAAAUGUUUUACACAGUAACCAAAUAAAGUAAUUAAAUAAUGAAUAUAAAUGUAAUGUUUAAAAUUUUAAAUAUUAAAUAUAAAUAAUAAUAAUACAUGAUACUGAAAUUAACAGACAAAUUAACAACUUUUGGAUUUUUUUUUCAACAAAUAUAUGUAAAAAAAAAAUUAAAAAUAUGCACGUGUAGAAAAAUUAAAAAACUACAAGUGCAAUUUUUUAAAAUAUUUUGUUUUUAUAAUUUAUCGUUUUAAAAAAAUUCCAAGAGUUAUUAAACGUCAGCUAACUUUAGUAUCACAAAAAUAUGAUCCUGAAGUUAACAGACAAAAAUUUUUGGAUCUUUCGUUUCAACAAAUAAAAACCAAAAAAAAAAAUUAACAAUAUGCACAGGUAGGAAAUUUAAAAAACUACAAGUGCAAUUUGUUGAAUAUUUUCUUUUUUUAUAAUUUAUCGUUUUAAAAAAAUUCCAAAAAUUUUUGAACGUCGGCUAACUUCAGUAUCAUAAAAAUACGAUCCUGAAGUUAACAGACAAUUUAAAAUUUUUGGAUUUUUUUCUCAACAUAUAAAUGACAAAAAAAAAAACUAAAAAUAUGCACAGGUAGGAAAUUUAAAAAACUAUUGGUGCAAUUUUUAAAAAAUAUUUUUUUUUAUAAUUUAACGUUUUUCAAAAAAACCAAAAAUUAUUAGAUGUCGGUUGACGUCAAUAUCAUAUUAAUAUGGUCCCAAAGUUAACAGACAUUUAGCAAUUUUUUGAUUUUUUUUAAACAAAUAAUUGACAAAAAAAAAACUAAAAAUAUGCACAGAUAGAAAAUUAAAAAAACUACUGCUGCUAUUUUUUAAAAAUAUUUUUUUUAUGAUUAUGAAUGUGGCAGACAUCAGACAAAUUUAAAACUAUAAAUAAAUAGAGUAAAUAAUUAAAAAAACAAUAUUGAUAAAAAUGCACUUAUUAAUUUCAAAAUUUUUUAAAUGUGCAUAUUUUUUAAAUUUAAUUUUAUUAACUAUUUACUCUAUUUAUUAAUAAUUUCAAAUUUUUCUGAUGUCUGCUACAGUAACAAUCAUUUUUUUUUCUUCAUAAUUUAUUGUUUUGAAAAAAAAAAAAACCGAAAAUUAUAAGACGUCAGCUAACUUCAGUAUCAUAAUAAUAAUAAUAAAUAAUGAACAAAAAAAAAUAUAUACGUAAAGUGAUGAGAUAAAUGCAGGCUACGAUAAAUCCUAUUUAAUUAAUGGUGAAAAAAAAACUGAAUUAAAUGGGGUGUCGAAAAUUGCAGCAGCUAUCACUGCUAUAAUCAUGCAUAGAAAAUUUGCGUGUUGCCUUAUCAUAUGUGAAGAAACUUCCCGAUGCAGUGUGGCAUCAUAAUAAUAAUAAUGAUAAUUGUAUUGGCUUGGCGCACCGGCGGUUAUAGAAGUUACGACAAGCACUUCUGAACAAUUUAAUAAAAAUAAUAAUAAUAAUGAUGAUGAUGAUGAUGAUGAUAAUAACAAUGUAUAUUCUCAGUGAUUACAUGAAAUGUUAAAGAAAGAUUUAUGAUAAGUAUGAAUUAAAGAUUGAGACAACGGAGAGACAAAAUAAUAAAAGUUAUUACGUUAAUUAAUGAAUAAAUUUAUUUAAAAUUAGUUAUUGUUCAUUGAGUUUUGUUGUGAGGAAUAGCAUCGGAUGGAGCUUUUUCAAUUUUAAAAAAUAAAGUCAUUGAUAUGCGUACGCACCGAUAUAUACAUCUUGUUAUUUGUAAUAAAUAAAAAGAAAUUGAAAUUA